ACUCAUCCAUCUGCUUCAGGAAAAUGUUUGCUGUCCACUUGCUAGCUUUCCAUUUCACAAAGCUGAAAGAGGAUCAAAUAAAAAAGGUGGACAGGUUCCUGCACCAGCUGCGCCUCUCUGAUGAUGUCCUGCAGGAUGUGACAGCUCGUUUCCAGGCCGAGAUGCUGAAGGGGCUGGCCAGGGACACCAACCCCACGGCAGCAGUGAAAAUGCUGCCCUCGUUCGUGCGCUCGCUGCCCGAUGGCUCAGAGAAGGGGGAGUUCCUCGCUGUGGACCUGGGGGGCUCCCAGCUCCGUGCCCACCAGGUGAAGGUGUUUGAUGAUGGGAAGCAGAGCAGCCAGCUGGAGAGCAAGUUCUACCCCACACCCAAGGAGGUCACCCAGGGCAACGGAGCUGAGCUCUUUGGUUACAUUGCUGACUGUCUGUCAGACUUCAUGGAGACCAGAAACCUGAAGCAGAAGAAGUUGCCUCUUGGCUUUACGUUUUCUUUUCCAUGCAAACAGACCAAACUGGAUGAGGGGGUUCUCCUUGAGUGGACAAAGCACUUCAGGGUCCGAGGAGUCCAGGGCACAGACGUGGUCAGCUCCCUGCACAGGGCUCUCCAGAAGCACCAGACUGCCCUGGUAACACAAGGGCAGCUACACCCUGAGCCAAGGCUGUGA